CGCGUAAAUUCAUCUUCCCUCCCAACCAUUUUCCUCUUGACCGUCGUAACAGAGAGAGAAUUUAGAAGCGAUUUUGAAGGAAGAGAGAAGGAGGAUCGGUGGUUUUAGAGAGAGAAUUUGAAGUCGAUUGAACUGGCGAGGGAGUGAGAGUGUCCAAGAAAGCGAGGGGAAGUGAGGAAAGUGAAGGAAACGGAGGGAGAGUGGGGGAAAGAGAGAUAGGAGAAGGAAGGGAUGAAACAUAUUUUCAAGAAGUUUCAUAUUGGAAGCAAUCACGAGCCGAAUCGGCCUAACGAGAAUCCGUUGCCUGGAGCAGCGUCGUCGUCAGAUAAUCGUCCUGCAACUGCUCCGGGGCAGAUUUCCGGCAACUCUCCGUCGAGUCCUUCGUCGUCGCCGUUGCCGUCGCCGUCGCUGGCAACAACUCCCCCAGGGGGCGGAAGCACGGCUUCGGUUUCGGUAGCUCCUAAUCGGUCUGACUACUUUUCUUCAGAGGAAGAGUUUCAGGUUCAGCUUGCCCUAGCUAUUAGCGCCUCGAAUUCCGACUUCCGGGAUGAUCCGGAGAAGGAUCAAAUUCGAGCUGCAACGCUUUUGAGCUUGGGAAAUCACCGGAUUGAUUCCACUUCCAGGGACCAAGUAGAUGCUGCCGAGGCGCUUUCGCGGCAAUAUUGGGAAUAUAAUCUCCUUGACUAUGAAGAAAAAGUUGUCAAUGGGUUUUAUGAUGUCCUCUCUACGGAUUCAACAGUCCAAGGAAAAAUUCCAUCUCUAUCUGAUAUUGAAGCAAGCUUUGGUAGUUCUGGCUUUGAAGUUGUAAUGGUCAAUAUGACUGUUGAUUCUGCACUAGAAGAGCUAGUGCAAAUUGCUCAAUGUAUUGCAGAUUGCCCUGGCACUGAGGUGAGAGUUUUGGUUCAGAGGCUUGCUGAGCUCGUUAUGGGACACAUGGGUGGACCUGUAAAGGACGCCAAUUUUAUGCUAGCUAGGUGGAUGGAAAGAAGCACAGAGUUAAGAACUUCUCUUCACACAAGUGUGUUGCCUAUUGGUUCCAUUAAUAUUGGCCUCUCAAGACACCGUGCAUUGCUUUUCAAGGUGUUAGCUGACGGUAUCAAGAUGCCUUGUAGGCUUGUUAAAGGUAGUCACUAUACUGGUGUUGAAGAAGAUGCUGUCAACAUCAUAAAGAUGGAGGAUGAAAGGGAGUUUUUGGUUGAUCUAAUGGCAGCUCCUGGAACGCUUAUACCAGCAGACGUAUUGAAUGCAAAGGACACUACUAUGUUGAAGCCUUACAACCCUAAAGUAAGCAAAAUUUCUUCUCUCCACUACUCUAAUGAUGUUGAAAUUUCUUCCACGAAACCAACACCAUCACUUGAGGAAAGCAGCAGUCAAAACUAUGAAGCAGAGGGCAGCUCACUGGUGGAUGGGAAACUGGGCUAUGGAAGGACAGAGUCUGUGCCCUCAAGCUCAGGUACUGGGACUUCUCGAUACAAAGGGGUCCAUUCUGGUGAUAGUAAUGUUAGACUGAAUGUCAAUGUAGUUCCAUUUGGUCAAAGCUCCGAGGAUCCCAAAAAUCUUUUUGCAGAUCUUAAUCCUUUCCAGAUAAAAGGAACUGGAAAAAGUUUCAUUCUUAAUAAAUCCUCUGAUAAUAAAAUUGAGGAGCUCCAGAAACCUACUACUGGGCAUCCUCCUGUACCGUUGUGGAAAAAUCGAGUUGCAUUCAAUGCUGUUCCCAAGAAAAAAGAGUACGAUUAUAUGGAGGGUCGUCUUCCAAGAAUUAAUUGUGGAUAUAAUGAUCAUAAUAUGGCAUCAUCUUCUUCUGCCAACUCUACAGUCUCUGAAAGUGUCAGCCUUUGUGGUUCAGGAACAUCCAUUGAAUCAAAUGUAUCAAUUAGAAGUGCUGAAGUUGGAAGUUCUUCAUCUUAUAUGCACUCUCGGUCAACAUCUGCCAUGAUUGAGCCUAAUAUUUUGCCUUCGAUUGAUGAACAGAACAGAAAGCAGAAUGGAGAACAUUCUGGAAGUACAGACUUGCAGGAUAAAAAUGUUGAUACUGUUGAUGGAUGCGAUAGUUUAAUCAAAUUUGAUAAUUGUAGAAAGUUCACAUAUGACAGAUCUGUUGGAACCAAUUUGAUAUCGAAGGAUAUGAGAAGUUCCAGCCCAUCAAUUGAUCCAAGUUCGAAUAGGUUUGAGAAAGUUUAUGAUGAUGUGGAUGUAGGCCAAUGUGAAAUACAAUGGGAGGACCUCAUUAUCGGUGAAAGGAUUGGACUAGGUUCAUAUGGAGAAGUCUACAAUGCUGAUUGGAAUGGCACAGAGGUUGCGGUGAAGAAAUUCUUAGACCAGGAUUUUUCUGGCGCUGCUUUAGCUGAGUUCAAAAGAGAAGUACUGAUAAUGCGACAACUACGUCAUCCAAAUAUUGUUCUUUUUAUGGGUGCAGUCACUCGUCCUCCUAACCUUUCCAUUGUCACCGAGUUUCUUCCAAGAGGAAGCUUGUACCGGAUCAUUCAUCGCCCACAUUGUCAAAUUGAUGAAAAACGCAGAAUAAAAAUGGCCCUUGAUGUGGCAAAGGGCAUGAAUUGCUUGCAUACAAGUCAUCCAACAAUUGUUCACCGAGAUCUGAAGUCACCGAAUCUUUUAGUUGAUAAGAACUGGAAUGUGAAGGUAUCAGAUUUUGGGUUGUCGCGCCUGAAGCACCACACAUUUUUGUCAUCCAAAUCAACCGGAGGAACGCCUGAGUGGAUGGCGCCAGAGGUUCUCCGGAAUGAGCCUUCAAAUGAAAAGUGCGACGUUUAUAGCUUUGGAAUCAUUCUAUGGGAACUUGCUACAUUAAGACUACCUUGGAGUGGUAUGAAUCCUAUGCAAGUUGUUGGUGCAGUCGGUUUCCAGAAUCGACGACUCGAAAUACCCAAGGAAGUAGAUCCCGCGGUUGCAAGGAUAAUCUGGGAAUGCUGGCAAACCGAUCCGAACUUGCGGCCCUCAUUUGCACAAUUAGCCAAUUUUCUUAAGCCUCUGCAGCAACUCGUCCUGCCACCGCAUUCAGACCAGCCGAGUUCGUCGAUGCUGCAAGAGAUUUCUGUAAAUUCUACACCUUGAUUGAUACGGCUCAUUGUUCUCAAGAAUGAAUAAGGAAACUCUUCUUGGUUGUUUCCCUCGAGUAGUGCUGUUGUAUUGUAUAUUUUUGAAAUGUAAAAACAAGUAUUUAAAGAAAAGAAAAGAAAGGGAAAGAUAGAAAAGAAAAUGUUGUAGAGGUAUAUAUAAUACGGGAUCAAAAUGUAAUGCUGUUCUUCCAUGUUUUGCUUGUACAGUCGCCUGCUAUUUGGUUUAC